UGUUAUUGUGAAUUGCUGGAUGCUGUGCCAUUUUUAUCUGUGCUUGUUGUAAACCAUCCCAAGACGUUAGUAAUGGGACAGUCUAUAAAAGCUUUUAAUAAGUAAAUAACUAAUAAUUUUAGCAAAUACUGUCUUAUGCCAAAAGCAUCCUCAUAUGUAUCUUCCCCAGCCUGGUGCCCUCCAGAUGUUUGAAUGGCAACUUGCAUCAGGCCAGCAUAGCCUGAUUGUUCUGCAUGAUAGGAACUUUAGUUCCCUGGAGGGCACCAGGUUGGAGAAGGCCUUUCUAAGGCAAGGCCACCCUGAUUGGCAGAAGACGGUUGGCUUCAUUUGGAAGAAACUAAACAGCUAUGAGCUCUUCCUGAGCGAGAGUUGCAAUUCCAGUUCUGACCUCCUCCCCCUUGAAUGGCAAAGAGCGCUUUGCGAGGGCCGCAGAGACCGUAUCCCUGGGAACAGCAGUGAUUCAUAAGACUGGCCGAGCAAAGGUCCGGGUAUAAAUCCCUCCUCAUCUCUAAGGGAACUGUAGCUUACUCACAGAGCAUUGGUCUUAGAUACAGAAGGUUCCCAGUUCAAUUCCUGGCAUCCCCACUUAAACAAAAAAGAAAAAAGCAGCUAGCAAGCAACAAGGGGAACUCUUUCCCAGAGUCCCUGCAGAGCUGCUGACGGUCUAAGUAGUCAAUCACAGAGGAAGAGAUGAUGUGGUCUGUUAGGAGACAGCUGUCUAUGAACUGCCAGGAGCAGGGGCUUGGGAGGGUAUCAGCCGUCACUCUGGAUGUAGCGUGUGCAUGAACGAGUUGGUGGAAAACAAGGCCGUUUGAAAGCGCAAUAGGAAGGACACCUUUGCCAGAUCUUGCUUCAGCACAAAGGGACCACUUGAAAGCCCUUCUCCAAUUGCUGCAUUCCACCCUCUGAAUCUUCUCUUCACUGCAAUUUGGAAGAUGCAUGCUGCGUGAGACCCCGCUGCUCCAAGGAGGCAAAUCCAAGCUGAUUACCUUCUGCAGGAGGACCAUCUGCAUAUGAAAGCCACUGAUGCGUCAGAACUCCGGAUCUGGGAUGCGUCAAUCCCCGAAUGGUGUGUCGUAUGCUGAGCGGCAUCUUCAUAGCCAUGGGAACCACCUCUCUCCUUCCCCAGCAGAAAGGCCCAGCCUUACCUCUCCACCACCUCAUUCUAGAGCUGGAGUACCCGAGGCGACUCCCUGCCUCAGUCUGGAAGACUUCAUCCCCUCGCACCUCCAGAAAAGCUUGUCUUUUGGCAACAGCACAAAUCCGCUCUCUCCUCGGGCUACGUCAACUCCACAGACUGUGUGGACUCCACCUCACCGCAGAGUACCUGUGAUUCGUAACUGCGGAUCAAAUACCCUGAAUUUUGAGUUCCAUGACACAGCAGCCCGCACCGUGCAAAAUGGGAUAUCCCAACCGCAGAAGACAAGCCAGUGGAAUUCAGCAUAUAAUUGGUACCCAACCUGGCCUGCCAAGGAAAUUAGACCACUGAAAUCUCAAGCUGCCCCUGACCCAUGCCCAACUGCUGCAGCUGCCAGCCCUGCUGUGAAUGGCCCCCCUCAGCCAGGCUGGUCGGCCACCUGGACUAAAGAUGCAAGAAGGAAAGAAAAGCGCUGGGUGAAGUAUGACGGGAUUGGCCCAGUGGAUGAGUCUGGGAUGCCCAUCGCAUCACGCUCGAGUGUGGACAGCCCCCGGGAUUGGUAUCGAAGUAUGUUUCAGCAAAUCCACAGCAAGCUUCCUGAACCAGAACUGGACCAGGAUUUCUCCUACAAAUUCAGAGGGUCCAAGCCACCGGGACUCAUGACCAAGGGACAAUCACCAGCACUAACAUCAAGCAGUUCUUCUUGUCAGCAGAACGGCUUGGACUGGAGAAAUUGGGAAGCAACUGAUGCCGCAGCCUUGGAGCCCAGGAGCAUUUUUGACUAUGAACCUGGGAAAUCAUCCAUCCUCGACUAUUCCAACUUGCCGAAGAAACCGCUCGCAGUGUCUCUGGCGCAAGAGCGGCCGUCCGCCACUCCGAUUGAGGAGCAAUUGGCCAAGGAGCUGCAGCAGCUCAGUGAAGAACUGGACAAGGACAUUAAAGCCAUUGAGAUGCGCCACCAUGGCCACAAGGGCUCCUCGCCGGCCGCGCCCGCCUCCGCCGCCAGCCCGGCCUCCUCUCCGGCCUCCGCUGCCCGCCGCCCAUUGCUGAGCCCCUGUGCCUAUCCUUCCACGGGACAAGGUCUUCCUGUUGCCAGGUGCCGCGUCCCAGCCAGCCCUCGGAUGGAGAAGGGAAGCCCAGGCAUCGCCCGGAGCAACUGGAGUAGCUCUCCUCCCAGGAAUGAUCCAUUGAGGCUUGCUGGGCAAAGCCCCUUUCUGGAUUCUACAGAAAUUGUCCUAGAUAGUCCCCCAAAGAGAGAUGAAAAGAAGAUGAAAGCCGCUCGACUCAAAUUUGACUUCCAGGCAGAGUCGCCAAAGGAACUGACCUUGCAGAAGGGCGACAUUGUCUACAUCCACAAAGAAGUGGACAAAAACUGGCUGGAAGGAGAACACCAUGGUCGGAUGGGCAUUUUCCCUGCAAACUAUGUGGAGAUCCUGCCUCCGACAGAAAUCCCGAAGCCCAUCAAAUCCCCCACCAUCCAGGUCCUGGAGUAUGGCGAGGCUGUGGCUCAGUACAACUUCAAAGGGGACCUGCCUGUGGAGCUCUCAUUUCGAAAGGGUGAGCGCAUUUGUCUGGUCCGCAGAGUGGAUGACAACUGGUAUGAAGGCCGCAUCUCUGGCACCAACCGCCAGGGCAUCUUCCCAGCCAACUACGUGCAGGUGGUGAAGGAGCCGAGAGUGAAGAAUUCAGAGGAGUUCCCUUCCUCCCCGGGCCUCCGAGCCCGGUCCAGCUCGCCCUCCCAGCCGCACUCACCCAGUGUGGCCACCAGGUGGCAGUCAAGUACCUCGCCUUCCAGCCCACAGAGCUCCCUGACUGCGGACGUGGUUUCAUCCUCCUCCAGCCACUCCGGAUUCACUUUCCCAGUAUCCCCGAAGUUGGAACACACGGAGGCUGGGCUCCGGAGACCCCAGAGCACACCGCGGGCUGGCUCAUUCAGUCCCCAGCGCCAGAGCCCAGUCCAAACAGGCGGCGGCGGCGGCCUGCAGCCCACUUCCUCGUUCCCGAUGCACGAGCAAGCUCGGCCUGCCCCUGCCGUGUCUUCGCAACCACGAGCUGCCGUCCCCGUGCAGAGCUCAACCCGUGAGACAGCGGCUGCUCAGGCUUCCCAGUUGCACAGCCCUGGGCAUGCCUCCGAAGUGCCCCAGUCCAGCAUCCAGUGGACCCCGUACCAGGCUCUUUACCAGUACAGACCGCAGAACGAGGACGAGCUGGAGCUUCACGAAGGAGACCGGGUGGAUGUGAUGCAGCAGUGUGACGACGGCUGGUUCGUGGGCGUCUCCAGACGAACACAGAAGUUUGGCACUUUCCCCGGGAAUUACGUUGCCCCCGUGUGACUGCCCCCCACCAGCCCCUUGCGCGCCAAGUGGAAACUGGAGCAGAAUCUGCUCUCAUAUCCAGCUCCCUAGGAGAGAUGCCCCCCACCAAUCUGUAGAGGAGUAGAAAGAGGAGGUGAUGUGAAAAAGGUGGCCUUGAGCCCACGCAGAGCUUGGCGAGGUCUUGUCGCUUGUCGCCAGCAUCCUCUGUUCCUUGGCUGCUAUCUUCCAGUUUUGUGUUUUGGCUUCCUUGUUUGGGGUGGCUGCAGCCUUAAACAUUUUCUCCUGGCUUUUCCAUGGCAUCCAAGAGGCUUGGCUUGAGUAGUCCGUACAGAUACUUCCUGACCCAGCUAAGAUUCCACUUGACAAGCAAAUCUGGAGUUUUAUCCCUUUAAAAAGCCAGUUCCUUCUCUGGAGCAGCAGUGGAAGGUGAAGAUGGGCUUGUGACUUGACAUCUGUCCUGCAUCACACCUCCCCUCCAGAAUGAACCAAACCUUGCAUCAGAGGCCGGAGACUUGGUAUAUAAACAACGUCGUGGCGUGAUGGAGGAGCUGGCCAGGUGACCUGGGCUCGUGCAGCCCUCUCCGUGCCCCGUGGGAAUUGCUGGCUCCUGCUCAUGGGAGGCUGUGCCGUUAACUGUACACACUGAAGUCCAGUAUGCGAGUUCCUGUUCUUACCCAACCUCUCUGAGGCUGAACUUGGUCCAAAUCUGUCCCACCAUCUCAAUGGUUCAUUUAGAACUUUAAAUAACUUCCACUCAUUCCACUCUUGUUAUGGACUCAGCGCAAGGAUUCUCUGGUUUGUUUGUUUUUCUGAAAUGCAAACAAGCGGAGAUCAGCUGAACGUUUAGGGCAGUUGGCUGCUGAGGCAAAGCAGGGGGCAUGUCUUCCCAUAAAGCAUGGGGGUAGAACCUCUCUUGGCCCACGGGGCAGGUUGUGGCCGAUCUGGGGAAUCCUCGUGGGACAGAUUUUGCCCCGGGCCUGAGGUUCUGUAUCCCUGCCCUGCCCUAAAGCCCCUCUGUUUGGUUGAGGAGCACCUUCCUGACUAAAGUAGACCAUCUGCUGCAAAGGAUUUCAUCCUGCCCUUGAUUGUCGGCAUGGUAAGAAGUCGGUCAACAGUAAUUUUUAUGGUCACUUAUUCCUAAGCCAACAGGCCCGUGUGAGAAGCGUUGGUGUUUUUGUGUGACUUAACUCUCCGCAGCUCCUCCCUGAAGAUGCCACUAUUCUUGUGGCCAGGAACCAACGCAGGCCCUGGAGGACUUCCAUCCUGUCAUUGGAAAUCUUAGCCUGUCUGUGUGUUGCCUUCUUCCAGACCUUCAGCUCCUUGAUCUUUGCAUUCCAGCAGUCUCCUUUCACCCCAAAGCCAAGGGUCAAGACCAAAGGGAGAUUUUGUAAAGAUAAAACUGUCUGCUUAUGAAUGCAGCAGUGACUGUUCUCCGACGGCCAGGUGUUUGCAGCUGGUGAGGUGGGGGCAUGCAGGAAACAAGGGAACGGGAGUCUGUACUGGGCCAGGAAAAGAGGCAUUUCUGCCUCCCACAGCCUUUGCAUCGUCCUAAUAGUGCUGGCCUCCACAUGGUGGCCAGAUCGCUGCGUCUUGACUCGGUCACUGCUUCCGCAGAGGAAAUGCACAGGUUGAGACCAGCCCCUUUGGAGCAGAUCUCUGCUGUGUAGACAAGGGCCACCCUUUGUCUUUGACUGCAUAGCCGCCUUUUGCAGGUUCAGACUCGGCAUCCUGUCUCCGUGGUUUUCAGACUUUCCACCUUCAGGGAACGCUUUCUCGUUGCCACAUCCCCAUGCAUCCUCCACAGAGUGUCCAGAAGGGCUCUGCCACAUUUUCCAGGACUCUCAUUUGACACACAGUGCUUACUCAAGCUCCCCACGCAGAGAGAAGCCCCUGCACACCAGCAUGUUCCACGAACGCCUGCACGCUUGCAGGGCGAAACUGUUCGGAGCAGACGCGGCAUCUUUUUGGAAAGCUGCUUUGCCCGUACUGACCUCGCUGAAUCCAGGUUUCCGCUGAGUUUGAGAACGACUGGGCUAAUGCACCAGAGACAGACCAAGGAUUCCCCGGACUUCUAAGCUAUGCGACACCACUGGGGCCAGGCAGCUCCUGCAAGGAGGGGGUUUGGUGGGAAAAGAGGGCCGUUUGUGUUACUGCCUAUGUACACCUUCUCCUGCCAAUAAAAUCUCAUUGGAUUAAA